AUGGAAGGAAAGCUCGACCGCAUCACAGGCUACGUUUCACAACUACAUUGCACCAAAUAUUCGACUCUAUAUCAUUAUAAUAAGAACAGUUGCUGCAAAAAAGUUGAUUCGAAGAUCUCAUUAGAUAUAAAUGUUGGAAUAAACGAUAACGAUGUUACAAUAACCAAUUCUGGUUUGGGAGUCGAUGUUAUUGGUCAUGGUGAAAUUGAAUUAUUUAAUACUGGAAACGCUAACAUAAGGAAGGCUGUAAAAAGACACUACCAUUGGUCUCCCAGCAAUGUUUACUUAAAAAGUCUGACACCCUGGGGAGAUUUGUUCCGAAAAUAUAACUGGGAACAGGUAUCGCGAGUUUUGACUGUCAAAUCAGCAAGAUUAAAGACAAUAACGAAGAAACCUGUAAUAGUGUUGUCUAACUACUUCGAUGACGUUUCAAAUAAGACGAUUAAGGUAAACACAGGGAUAAGUCAAACAGUGGAUAAUAAGAUUUCGACAAGUUGGACCAAAAGCAAACAGACGACUGUUUCUCAGGAAAUUGAAUAUGAUAUGAACGUGAUGUUUGCGAAGAUGAUGGGCACGACUGGUUUCUCAUAUAUAACUAGUUGUGGCGAAAGUGAAGAGCGAUCUGAAACUAUUGCGAUUGGAACCACAAGUGGUGUUGAAACGGAACUGCUGCCUGGUCAGGCGGCGACCGUGGUACUGUCAGCAAAUAAGGGUGCUUUAGAGGUAGAAAUCGUGUACUUGGCAAAAUUAAGAGGUAACGUGGCUGUGAACUUUAAAAUUCCUUAUAAGGGUCACCAUUUCUGGGGUCCAUCGAUAGAUAGUGUGAUGAAGAGUGGUGGAUUAGAAAAUGAAGUGAUUAUAAAAGAAACUAUCAAGUUAGGUUUCUACACGGAUGCAGUUUUAAAGGCCCCAAAUGUCAAUGAUAUAAAGAAAGCAGCCGGCAUCAUUAAUGAAAUAAUUACAACUGAACUGACAGAAGUGCGGUGCUACAACGAUCCAGUUCUAGAGAUAUUCGAUAGUUUAACAGAAAAACCAAUGCGUAUAGUCACACCACCAACGCCAUUCCAUGUAAGACCUAAAUCGAGAUAUUCUAAUAAAGUACAAAAGGCUCACCCAAAAUAA